AUGCGAUCAGCAACCAGACUAUUAGCUGUAGUCACGCUGUUGAUGAUAGGCGUCGACUGGCCACAAAACAUUCGACCAGUCAUCGCGUUGAUUGGGGUGAACAGAAACCUGAAAGAAGGGGUGCUGCUCGAAGAGCCGUAUAAGAUCCCGCUGACCACAGAUAGUCUUACGGGCGUCUACUUGAUGGAUGCGGUCAAAAAACCAUUCAAGUCUUCGUUGAGAGGGCCUCCCUCAAUCCAUAACUACAAUGAUCUAUUUGGGGUGGAAAGACAGACAGAUGUCGAAAGACGAUUUUUAGAAAAAGCUUCAAAAGAUGAGAUGUUGAGUGCCUUUAUCGAGGAUGUGGAAGAUCUGAGGACGCGAUUCGAGGAGUAUAGUGAUACCGAGAAACCGGAUUCAUUGCGGACCAUGAUGAUAGACAAUGAGGUAGACCUGAUCAAGAAAGCCUUCUAUUAUCUCCUCAAUAGAACCGUCUCUUCUCGCGGCAAGGAUGAUGUUUUACUGUGGAUCCAAGCAAUCGCGUACGCAAUGAAGUCUGGGGCUCCCAAGCCUAGGAAUCACAAGCUAGAAGCAGUCGUGCUAUAUGGCCUUUCGAGUCUCAAAUCGAAGUAUGCCAUAUUCAAGCCAGCUCAUUUAACGUCCGAGCAAAUCAGGAUGGUGUCUCAAUAUAUCGACUCGCUGUCGAAAAUAUUGUCUGAGCGUUGGCACAAUAGCCCUACAUCGAAGUUGAAGGUGCCCUCAAUUCCUUGGGUAUCUGAAAUGCUGAAUCCUACCGGUGGGCUUAGUGCAGAAAUGGCAAACUUCGCGAGUUUCAAAAACUUGAUCGGAUAUGAUUCCAGAUUAACAAAGCUAUCAGAAGUGUUUACCAGUGACAAAGGCGACUCGGAAAGGAUGUUCAGGGGACUUGAAGAGUUGAGACAGCUCAUCAGCCAAACAAUUGAAGUCUCGGCGGAAACAAGAACAGCUGCGGUGGUCUUUUUGCAUCACAUCAGUCAAGGACAAACAGGACUGAUUCCCAUCGAAGUCGCCAAUCAAGCCAGAUACUUGCUCAAAGAAAUCUACUUGAACAACAGGAACGGACUCAGAGUUUUGUUUCAUCAACUCUAUCAACUUGUCGAGAGAAUCGUCACCAAGUCUUACUGA